AUUAAUUAUAAAAUUAUUAUUAGUGACAUAUAUAUAUAUAUAUAGUUAGUUGCUUUAGUAUUUAGAUUUAUUGCAUUACACAUAUUUUAUAUAAUUUUGUUACUUACAAUAACUACUUACAGUAGUUGAAUUACUGUGCAAUAUGACGUUUGGCCUAUUGCGUUACAGCUUGUGUACAAAAUUUAAAUUGCCCAUUCAUUAUCAACUCAAUUUUACAGUUCAAAUCCCUCGUUGUAGGGCACGAAAGCCUUUAUUUAAUGAAACUGUACGAUGGAUGAGCACAAAAAGUACAACGAAGGAAUCAAAGAAAUUAUUUUCUGAAUCCAAGUUUCUGAGAUUGUAUUCGCUUGCUAAACCAGAAAAAAAUAAGCUCAUAUGUGCUGUAUGUUUUUUAUUAGUAUCUAGUGCAGUUACGAUGGCGAUUCCAUUUUCGUUUGGACGGAUUGUUGAUAUAAUUUAUAAAUCUGAUAUCACAGAAGCUCAAUCUAAAUUGAUUACAAUAUGUACUAUACUGUUACCUAUAUUUGUAAUUGGAGCUGCUUGCAAUUUUGGACGCAUAUAUUUAAUGAAUACUUCUGGUUACAAAAUAACAAAAACACUUCGAGAAUUAUUAUUUAAAUCCCUGUUGUCACAAGAAACUGCAUACUUUGAUCGUCAUAGAACCGGAGAACUUAUUAAUCGACUAUCAUCUGAUUGUUUACUAGUAAGCCAAACCAUCACUACUAAUAUUUCUGAUGGACUGCGUUCUAGUAUAAUGGUUGCCAGUGGUGUUUCUUUUAUGUUUUUUGUAUCUCCAAAAUUAGCUUUGGUUGGCUUAUCCAUAGUGCCUCCAAUUGCUGCAUUGGCUGUGAUAUAUGGACGUUUUGUACGAAAAAUUACACGAUCUGUACAGGAUUCAUUAGCUGUUACAAAUCAAGUUGCUGAAGAAAAAAUAUCAAAUAUCAGAACUGUAAAAGCAUUUAGCCAAGAAAAAAAAGAAAUGUUUUUGUAUGAAAAAAAAAUGAAUGAAGUAUUGCAGCUUUCUAUUAAAGAAUCAUUCAUGAGAGGGUUGUUUUUUGGGAUGACAGGAUUUGCCGGUAAUUUCAUAAUUAUAUCUGUAUUGUACAGUGGUGGAUUGUUGGUCAGUGAACAAGCCAUUAGUGUUGGAGAAUUGAGCUCAUUUUUAUUAUAUGCCGCUUACACGGGAGUGUCUAUUGGUGGUUUAUCAACAUUCUAUUCUGACAUUAAUAGAGGUUUGGGUGCAUCAUCAAGAAUAUGGGAAAUUAUUGAUCGUAAACCAUCAAUACCUAUUUCUGGUGGGCUAAAACCAUUGACUGAUCCUAAAGGUGAUAUAAGUUUCCAGAAUAUUGUAUUUAAUUAUCCAAAUCGACCAGACGCACCUAUUCUUAAUGGAUUGAACUUAGAAAUACCUAGUGGUAUGAUAUAUGCAUUAGUUGGCCAUAGUGGUAGUGGUAAAAGUACAUUAGGUCAUUUAUUAUUAAGACUUUAUGAUCCACAAAGUGGUCAAGUGUGUUUAGACAAAACAGAUUUAAAAAUGUAUGAUCCAAUUUGGUUACAUAGUCAUAUUGGAGUAGUUAGUCAAGAGCCGAUUUUAUUUUCUGGGACUGUUAAAGAAAAUAUUGCAUAUGGCCGUGAAAGUGUUACAGAUAAUGAAAUUAUUGAUGCUGCUAAAGAAGCAAAUGCUUAUGAUUUUAUCGUGAAAACAUUUCCAGAAAAAUUUGAUACAGUUGUUGGAGAACGUGGUGUUCUAUUGUCAGGUGGCCAAAAACAAAGGAUAGCUAUUGCUAGAGCAUUACUAAAAAAUCCUAAAAUCUUAUUAUUAGAUGAAGCUACAAGUGCAUUAGAUGCGGAGAGUGAAAAGUUAAUUCAAGAAGCGUUGCAGAGAGUUUCAAAAGGAAGAACUGUAUUGACAAUUGCACAUAGGUUAUCUACUAUUAAGAAUGCAGAUAAAUUGGCUGUAAUAUUCAAUGGAAAAAUAGUUGAAUUAGGUUCUUAUGAUGAACUUAUGUGUAUAGAAAAUGGUUUAUUUAGAAAACUCAACAAAAAUCAAGUAUUGACAAGUUAAUAUUGGUAUACUACAAAUGUAAACUAAUAUAUGGUAUUAAGGUGUAUUAUAAGUGUUCAACAUAUUAUUGUUAUUCUUGUUAUAUUAUAUAUAUAUAUG